AAACCAAUAAGAUUGAUUCAGAAACCCACAAAGACCAGAGACAUGAAUUGAACGGUACUGAGGCUUACUUAUACCACCCUCAACCUCAACCCUUUUCUCUUUCAACAUCUGAGAAUUCCAAGUUCUGUUCUGAGAAGAAUUCACAACAACCACCCUUCUCUGUUUUAUUUUAUUCCUUCACUCUGUGAAAACAAAACAUCAUGUCUCAGAACCAGAAUGGCAAGUGGGUGCGAAUUGCCCCAGAACAAGUUCGAGGCUCCUCCAAUGGACACGUGGAAGUGGGAGGUUCCAACAGGCUCUGCAUAAACCCUCAGAAAGAUCACAAGUCCGAAAGCUAUGAGGACCUUCAAUUGGAGUUCAACCCUCUUGUGUUCAGCUCUCUGGAGCAGUAUUUGCCUCCUCACAUGUUGAACCUCUCACGUGAGGUUAAGGUUCAGUAUAUGAGGAACAUUCUGCUUCGCUAUUUGCCCGAGAGUGAGCGCAUUCGGAUUCAAAAACACAAGGAAUACAGGCACAGGAUCAUGCUGAACUAUCCACCGCUAUGUAAGCAGAUAUAUAGUAUGGAUGCUGAGAAAUUUUUCACACCCUCAUUUCUCAGAGCAGUUGAAGAAAAUUCAGAAGCAAGUUUUAGAAGUAUAAUGGCUGAACCUCGUAAAGGACUUUAUACAUUUGAAAUGCUUCAACCCCAAUUUUGUGAGAUGCUGAUGUCUGAGGUGGAUAAUUUUGAAAGAUGGGUUCAUGACACCAAGUUCAGAAUCAUGCGACCAAAUAUAAUGAAUCAAUAUGGUGCCGUUCUUGAUGAUUUUGGCAUGGAAUCCAUGCUCGAGAGAUUGAUGAAUGAUUUCAUAAGUCCCAUAUCUCGAGUUUUCUACACUGAAAUUGGUGGAACCUCGCUGGACUCCCAUCACGGGUUUGUUGUUGAAUAUGGAAUCAAUCGGGAUGUGGAACUUGGCUUCCAUGUGGAUGAUGCAGAAGUCACCUUAAAUAUUUGCUUGGGAAAUGAAUUUUCUGGUGGAGAACUGUUCUUCAGGGGUGUUCGAUGUGAUGAACAUGUAAAUUCAGAUAUCCAACCAGGGGAGAUCUUUGAUUAUCCCCAUGUUCCAGGACAUGCAAUUCUUCAUCCUGGUCGUCACCGGCAUGGCGCUAGACCUACUACAUCUGGGAAUCGGAUGAAUUUAAUUAUCUGGUGUAGAAGUUCGGCUUUUAGAGAGUUGAAGAAAUAUCGGAAAGAUUUUUCUAGCUGGUGUGGAGAAUGCAGACGCAAGAAGAAGGAGAAAGAGCGCCUAUUAGUUAUGGCCACCCAACAGGAAUUAAUGAACAGGGGAAUGCAAUCGGCCUCGUGAACUUGCACACACAAAUUGUCCUUGUAUAGUUGAUUCAACAUUGAGCUUUUUUUACUUUUUCUAGAUUCUGGAUUGUUUUUAGUGAAACUAGAACGCCUGUGCAAAAGCACCGGAAACAACCCAGCAGAGUCCCAUUUCCGUGAGUCAUUUUUUCGUUAAAAAAAGGUAAAAUACAAAGAGAGAGAAAACUGAACAUUGCAUAGAAUGAAGACACUUGGAAGUUUAGAAUGGUGGCUGGACAGUUGUUAUAAUACUAUUGAUGAAAUGUGAUGUAGGUUGAAAGUUAUACACAUGCGUUUCAUAGAGUAACAAGAACAGAAGAGGAAAUAGUUUAAUAAUUGACUGUUUUUAAUUUCUAAUGUUAUUCAGGGAGUUGCGUUGGACAUUGCA